UCUACUCAGGUUUCUACAAACCGAACACCCCCAAACUGGAGCGAUUCCAGCAACACCUGGGGCUCAUUGUGCAUCGCGUGCUCCCCUCCCUGGAGAAACACCUGGAGAAGGAGGGUGUGUGCCUGGAGGACUCCACCACCCACUGGUACAUCCAGUGCUUCCUGGAUGGGGUGCCGUUCCCCCUGGCUCUGAGAAUAUGGGAUAUAUACAUCCUGGAGGGCGAGCACGUGCUCCCGGCCAUGGCAUACACGGCCCUCAAGAUCCAUCAAAAGCGCCUGCUGAAGAUGCCCCGGGACCACCUCCGGGAGUUCCUGCAGGUGACCCUGAAGCAGGCCUGGUCUCUGAGCGAGGACGCGGUCAUCAGGCAGCUGCGGGCCUCCAUGCGUGAGCUGGGGAAGCUCCAGUGCCUCCUGCCUCCCGAAGCCAAGGCCAUCGAACAGUGCAGCAGGCCCCUGGGGCAGGCACGCGUCCCCCAGAUGCACGUUCCUGCCCCCACUGCUCCGAAGGCCAAAAUCACCAUUCAGGACACAGUGGCAGUGUGGGAGCAGACCAGGGGUCCCGCUACCCGUGCAGUGAUGAUCCGUCCUCCAGAAAGCUUUGGCCUCCGCAUCACCAAGAGGGAAGGCAUGGAGGAGGAGGAGAGCUGGGAAGGCAGCCCAGAGCCCCUCGGCCUGGGCUCCCCUGUGGGGACCGCAGAGUCUCCAGGUUCUGCCAGCCCCACGGAGUCUCCAAAGUGCUCGAGGUGGGGAGGCCUGUGCCAGUGCGCCAGUCUCCCUAACCUGAGCGGGCCAGAGCACAGGGAGGACGACUCCUCCGACGCUGGCAGCCGGGAGGGCCUGUGGAUGUGGGCUCCUCCACGGGCCUCAGAGUCCCCGGAACCAGGGCCCAUGCAGGCUGUCCCUGCCUGGGGGCCACGGCUGAAGACUCCCCACUACUGGCAUGGCAGCCCCACGCACUCUGGGGACAGUCACGGGCUGGAGCCGGCCAGAGCCAGCCCUGGGCUGGGAGACCAGGCCCGCGUGCCCUCCCUGGCCAGAGGCCUCCUUACCUCCUAUUCCACAGGGCACCUGGAUGAUGGGUGCCUCCUAGAAGAGAGGCCGAGUCCAGCAUCUGUCCUGCCCAGGCUGGGCAGCAGCCUUCCGUGUGUCUUCACGGCAUCCUAUGCACUUGGUUGAGCCCCCACCGCCCAGGCUCUUCCUGGGGCCAGGACACCCUGACACUGGAAGACAACAGCCAUGCCAGGAGCCACUGUACUCUCCUCCCCGCCCCCCUCCCCCACCGCCACCCUCAGGUGGUGCUGAGCCUGUAUUAAAUUGUCCCAUGGAAAGGAGUUUGCUCCAGUUUGUGACCCCGGUGCCCAGCGGCAGCAAGCUUCCCCGUGUUCCUGGGGAGAUGGGUGGUUCCACAGCCCCCAGCCCCAGGCAGAGACCCACUCAGGACCCUGCAGACAAUGCCUGAGAUUCAGCUGUGCCCUGUGGGGACUGGGCCAGGGUGGGAGAGCAGCAGCCGUGAGUGCCCGUGACCUCUGGGACAGAUCAGCACAAUAGGAACAGCUGUGGUUGGAGGGCCUGUGUCACCUCUGUGCUCUCCCCUAGACCUGGGCGGCCGUGGCUGCAGCAUCCCUGGCUUGACCCCACAUGGCUCUCCCACGUGGGAGAGGAUGUGCACUGUGGGCUGGGAGGCGACCAGUGGCCAGAGUACGUCUACUGCCCAACUGACCAGGUGUUGGUAGCGUAGGCAGGAGGCACAUUUGAUAGAAUCGCAUGGAUUCUCGGUGGAGGUGAGAGGGACUUGCUCUCGGCUGUGCCUGUGUGUGAACACCACGGGAGUAGAGCCCUUGGCCCUGGGACUCAGAGAGGUUCUCCAGGAAGGGCUGCCGCA